AUGGCCACCCCCACUAUCAAGCUGAACAGCGGCUUUGACAUGCCCCUCGUGGGCUUUGGUCUCUGGAAGGUGAACAACGACACCUGCGCCGACCAGGUCUACGAGGCCAUCAAGGCCGGAUACCGUCUCUUCGACGGCGCCUGUGACUACGGCAACGAGGUCGAGGCCGGCCAGGGUGUCGCGCGCGCGAUCAAGGAGGGCAUCGUGAAGCGCGAGGAGCUCUUCAUCGUGUCCAAGCUGUGGAACAGCUUCCACGACGGCGACAAGGUCGAGCCGAUCUGCCGCAAGCAGCUGGCCGACUGGGGCGUCGACUACUUCGACCUGUACAUUGUGCACUUCCCCGUGGCGCUCAAGUACGUCGACCCGGCCGUGCGCUACCCGCCGGGCUGGAGCGCCAAGGGCGACGGCUCCAUCGAGUUCAGCAACGCCUCCAUCCAGGAGACCUGGACCGCCAUGGAGACGCUCGUCGACAAGAAGCUCGCCCGCAGCAUCGGCGUCAGCAACUUCUCCGCCCAGCUGCUCAUGGACCUGCUGCGCUACGCCCGCGUCCGCCCCGCCACCCUCCAGAUCGAACACCACCCCUACCUCACCCAGCCCCGCCUCGUCGAGUACGCCCAGAAGGAGGGCAUCGCCGUCACCGCCUACUCGUCCUUUGGCCCGCUGAGCUUCCUCGAGCUCCAGGUUCCCAACGCCACCAACAUCUCGCCGCUGUUCGAGCACGACGUCGUCAAGUCCGUCGCCGACAAGCACGGCAAGACCCCCGCCCAGGUUCUCCUCCGCUGGUCCACCCAGCGCGGCAUCGCCGUCAUCCCCAAGAGCAACAACCCCACCCGUCUCUCGCAGAACCUCGAGGUCACCGGCUGGGACCUGGAGCAGAGCGAGAUCGACGCCAUCAGCGCGCUCGACAUCGGCCUGCGCUUCAACGAUCCUAUCGGCUACGGCAUGUAUGUGCCCAUCUUCUAG